CCCCGGAAGAAGGCGAACAUUUGUGAAGCGUUUCUGCCAGGAACCGGUCCAAAUUGUUCCCCGCCUGGAAAGUGACAUUCUGUUUGUGCUUGAAAGAAACACCAGUGUACACCAGUGUGCAGCAACUGUGCGGGAACUAACUCUCUACACAUACGAUCAGCAGCUUUGGUGUAACUUGAGUGUGAGAUCGAUCUACGGCUUACCCGCUCAUCAUGUUUCUUGGGAACGAAUCUAUCUCGGAGGGCGCCAUGCUGAUGCCGAUGGCGCGCACUGCUGGCGAAAUGCCGAAGCUGCUGGGGUGGAAUCUCCCACCCGAGGAGCAGUAUCUAGUGCACGAUCACUGGAAGGGAUUUCCUUCACCGCCGUACUACAUGCACCUGAUGCUUGCGAUGAUCUACUUCGUGCUGAUGAACACUUCCCUCAUCGGUAAUGGUAUUGUGCUGUGGAUCUUUGGCACCUCCAAAUCGCUCCGCAAUGGCUCGAACAUGUUCAUCAUCAACUUGGCCAUCUUCGAUCUGCUGAUGAUGUGCGAGAUGCCCAUGUUCCUGGUCAACUCGUUCUCGGAGCGACUGGUCGGCUACGGGGUGGGAUGCUCGGUUUAUGCGGCCCUUGGCAGUAUGUCCGGCAUCGGUGGUGCCAUCUCGAAUGCCGUGAUCGCGUUCGAUCGGUAUCGUACGAUCUCGAACCCGCUCGAUGGACGACUGAGUCGUGUGCAGGCGGGCUUGUUGAUCUGCCUUACCUGGCUCUGGACGAUGCCGUUCACACUGCUGCCCCUGUUCGAGAUCUGGGGACGCUACAUUCCGGAAGGAUAUCUGACAACUUGCUCGUUCGACUAUCUUACCGACGAUCCGGACACGCGCGUGUUUGUCGGCUGCAUUUUCACCUGGGCGUACGUGAUUCCGAUGAUCUUCAUCUGCUACUUCUACGCACGACUCUUCGGCCACGUCCGUCAGCAUGAGAUGAUGCUGAAGAAUCAGGCACGCAAGAUGAACGUCGAAUCGCUCACGGCGAACCGCAGCGAGAAGGCACAGGCAGUCGAGAUGCGAAUCGCCAAGGCCGCCUUCACGAUCUUCUUCCUGUUCGUGUGUGCCUGGACACCGUACGCCAUCGUCACGAUGAUUGGUGCAUUCGGCGACAGGACGAUGCUGACUCCGUUCGUUACCAUGGUGCCGGCGGUUUGCUGUAAGAUCGUGUCCUGUCUGGAUCCGUGGGUGUACGCCAUAAGCCAUCCCAAGUACCGCCAGGAGCUUGAACGUCGCCUGCCGUGGAUGGGCAUCAAGGAGGCGGACGACAGUGUCAGCACGACCGAAAGCAAAGCCACCGUCGUCGUUGACCAAGCUGCGGGUAACGGUGGAGACAACGCUGCCAACUAGAUUGCAUUACGAGGCGGAAAUACAACUACGAAAUCUGUGGAUGAUGAUCGACCUGCUUGAUAUUGAACGGGACUUUUGCAAAACGGUAUAGAAUUUAGAUGUAAGCCCCCCCCCCUUACCCACACCCAAAACCAUUUCCAGAGCACGUAUUAAGCAAAGCAAAUUAGAAAAAUGUCAGCUUGCAUCGGAUCUUGUCAAACGAGGUUAUGGUUCAUAGAUGACGAAAAAAAUAAACAGCAUUCUAUCGAAAAUGAAGCGAUUUUAUCCUUCUAAA